AGUCAGCAAAUAGCUGUUGCUUUUCAGUUGUUGUAAAGACAGUGACAACUCUUAGACUUGUCACCGUAGCCUGAGAAGGGAAGGUUUCCUCUCGUCAGUUUACAGAUAGAGAGUGCCAGGGUUCGCUUCUCUCCCAUCCACUGUGGACAAGAAACAAAACUAAAAAUCUUUAAACCCUCAAAAGCUCAUUGCCGCACCCGGCUACGUUUGUGAUUAUUUUGAACUCCGUACUGAAUGAGGCACCUAGUCGGAAUUUGAAUCUCCUCUGCACGGGACUCUGGUCACUUAAGUGACUCCCCUCCCCAGGAGUUUGAUUUAAGUUCGCCCUUCCUCCGUUUCUGGUGGCACCCCGGGCUCUACAGAGUACGCAUGUCGGAGGAGGGCAGCUCCGAGUGCCCGGUGUGUUACGAGAAGGUUUCGCGCCAGAACCAGUCCCUCCGGACGCUGAGCUGCAACCACGUCUUCUGCCACGACUGCCUGGUCAAGACGGUCAUCAACCAGGAGAGGCAGCCCAAGAAGGUGGUCUGCCCCGUCUGCCGGCAUGUCACCUUCCUCAGCAAGAAGAGCACACGCUGGACCACCGCGGCCAAGGACGCCAAGCAGACCCUGGAGAUCCCCCUGGCGCCCACCGCCACCCGGGACCUCCGGCCGCUAGGGGCGCAGCUGGGGGCGGCGCCGCCUCCUCCUCCGCCGCCGUUGCGCUCGCUCCUCCGCCGCUGGGCGGGCAGUUGCCGCCGGACUUUUUUGGCCGCCGCCCGGCACCCAGCGGCCGUGAGCACCAGCCAGGUUUUUGUGAUCAGCGGCCGGGGGAGGCCUAUGAGCGAGGAGGAGCUGAGGGCCCCCGCCGACGGACUGGUGUUGGAGCACAGGCGCUGCAGGUUGCGCUGGGUGCUGGUGCUGCUCUGUUUUAUCAUCAUCGGCGCGGUGGUGGCUGCUAUCCUGCCCUGGGUCAUCUCCUUCAAAUGACAGCACUCUUGGGCAGUGAAGCCCCGUCUGAACUCAGCAACCUCCUGGGGGUGACAAGUACUUUAGUACUUAUACACGUGGAGGAGAAAAGAAAGGGACUUUAUUUGGAGCUGUGCUCACUUGCUGCAUCUUUUUGUUUAAAUUACCGGGAAUGUACUUUGGCAACUCCUGAGAGGGACCAGCCGAAUGGAGAAAAUACCAAUUGCACUUGUACAGAAAUUCUUUUUUUGCAUUGAAAUCAUGAUCAGUUUGUCAAGAGAAAUAACUAAUGUUAUUGGCAGGUUAUUAGCUAUAAAUAUUUGGGAAAAUUUUUUGCAACAUUGUUAUAAAUUGUUGUACAGUGGGCCAGUGGCCUGGUGGAUGAGUUGUACUAAGUAGAUUUAUCAAAAUGUUAUUUAACACCAGUAAAUUAAUCAAAACUGCA